UCAAUAUCUGUCGUAACAAUGUUUGUAAACUUGUUGUUUGUAUUCAAAAAUAGGUGUUUGAGACUUGAGUGACAGCUGCUAUUGGAAGUUAAUAGUUAAGCGCCAUUUUUAUCUGAAGAAUCGUCCUGAUCCUUGUGACUGCACAGAAUAAUAGCACAAAGCCACCGUGACGAUAUGAAGUACUUGUAGUGCUUCAUAUUGUAGUUAAAGUUCCGAAAUUGAUUUUGUAAAAUUUAGGUUUCAUUAUUGGCGCAGAAGGAAUAACACGAUUAAAAUCAAAGGAACUGCAAAUCAGUGUAAAGGGCCACUAUGAUUCAGCUGGAUGCACCGGAUCCCUUGAGAACACCUUUGCUGUCAGUUGCUGCUCGUACCGGCAAUAUCAAUGCUGUCAGUAAACUGCUCAAAGAUGGACGAAGGGCAGAUAAUGUUGAUAACCGUGGCUGGACAGCACUGCAUGAAGCAGUCGCAGCAGGACAUGUUGAGUGUGCUGUACUGUUGCUGAGUCAUGAUGGAGACAUUAAGGAUUUAAGAACGUAUGAAGGAGAAACACCACUUUUCUUGUCUGUUAAUCCAGAAUCUAAACUUGAUGUAAUGAAAAUUCUUUUGAAUCACUCAGCAAAUGUGAAUCUUGGCAACAAUGAAGAGUUCACACCAUUGCAUAAAGCAUGUGAACUUGAUUCAUUAGAAUGUGCCCAGCUGCUUUUAGAGUCUGGAGCAGACAUCAAUGCUGCAGAUGCUGACGACAAUCGGCCUAUUCAUGAAGCCAUCAACAAGAGGUCUGUAGAAAUGGUGAAUUUGUUGCUGAGAUAUGAAGCGGACCUGAAAGUAAAAAAUUCAGAUGGACUCACACCUCUCAUGCGUGCUGCCUACAUUGGCUUUCAUGAGAUCAUUAAAAAAUUGGAUAAGCCUGAACUACACAUUGUAAAUGAGAGAGCGUCGUCAGGACGCACAGCACUGAUGAUGGCUACUCAAGCAGGCUGUUUAAAAACAACCAGAAUCCUUCUAGAGAUGGGUGCAGAUGCCAACAUCGUGAGUGGUGAUACGACAGCACUGCAUAUGGCUGCACAUGGUGAUGAUCCAAGACUUGUUGAAUGCCUUAUACCUGUGACAGAUUUGAAAAUAGUGGCAGCAUGCUCAAGUAUUAGUCCGAUAAUGUUGGCAGUUGAUAGCAUGCAAGUGAAAUCGAUUGCACUACUGUUGGAAUGGAUGAAAGACAAUCCAUAUAUGCUAAAGAAGUUCAUUGAAUGCGAAAGUGAGACGCUAGGACUAGAGUACAGAGCGACGGGUGCUGUCUCAUACCUACUCUACCACAAGUCUGAGCUAAUGGAAGCAUUUCCUGUGCUGAGCCUGCUUCUUAAAUAUGGGCUUCCAGUAAAUGCCACCUACACAUUUGAAGCUCCACCAUUAGUAGCAAUUGCUACUUCAUCAGCACCUAAAGAAGUAAAGAGACUGUUUGUUCAGAUUCUUUUAGACCAUGGUGCUGAUGCUGACCAUCCUGUUCCUUGGCGUCAGCGUACACCUGUGCCAGCAGCCUUGUAUUAUGCAUGUCUUAUUAACCCAGAUGAAAAGUGGUUGAUCAGGUUGCUGAUGUCUGCAUGCAGAAAAUGUGACCCUGAUACGUUGCUGUCAGCAAUCUAUGAUGCAGAACUAGAAGAAGGAGACCAACGUUCUUCAAAGCCUGCACUUCAAAAUAUGUUGGAUGUAGUUCUUGAACUUGGUUUCUCAAAUAGUGUUAUCAUGUCACAGCUUUGGAGGAAAUGUAGAAGAUCAGGUCUCACUGGAGAAAGUCAGCAAAACCUGGAAGAGGAAACAUCAGAAAACUACUUGAGUGUUCCAGAAGUAUUAGCGCCAAGUUCACUUUCAAAGCUCUGCCGUAUUGUAAUUCGUAGACAUUACUGUCUGUCACGCCUGAAGAAAUAUAAUUUACCUAAUGUCAUAAAUGAUUUCCUGAAUUACGUGUUCUAAUGUUGGGCCCUCUUACGAAAAUAUCAUUUAUCUGAUGUGAAAAAAACUCAUUAUAAUAGUGUAUUAUGUUACACAAAAUAUGCUCCAUAUUGUGAUAGUGAAAAUUGGUGUUCAAAAUCUUAGACAGUGUAUCAUUACAGUUACCUUAAUGCUAUAUUUCCAUUCUUCUUUUAUGCAGAUUUGAAAAUAGGACUUCUUAUUAAUCAUGAGAUAUGAUAAAUUGUAUAGCAACACUAUUUUACUGUAUGAAAUAAAUAACAUGCAGAUAUCUGUAUGUCCUUCAUAUCACCAUCAUGGGGUUAUAAAAAUUCAUAAAUUAUUAUAUAUCAUAUUAUAUCAUAUCAUGUCAUGUCAUGUCUUAUAAAUAUGGCAAUGACGUGGCAUGAUAUAUAAGAGAGUUAUUAACUGAAACCAGUAGUGAUAAUAAAGGACUUAUAGACAACUCCCUAUCAUGCAUUUUAUUAAAUACAUAGCAGCUGUUGGCAGUCGUCUUCAAAAAGUGUUUAACUAUUUUGUUACUAAUAAAGUUACUCUUAACCCUGAAAUUUUAAUUCAGCGAGUACAUUUGAUCAAAAAUAAUCUUAAACUACAUAUUUUGUGCAUAUAUCUGUUUUGAAUCAUCAAGUUAUUAAAUGAAAAGUUAAGAGGCUACUAGUUCUUUUCAUAUGCCAGAGGAAG